CGUCGCCAUGGUGUCCCGCUGGUCCUAGGCGUCACCAUGAAGCCCCCCCUUCUGCCGGGGGGACGCCAUCGACGAGCAGGGUUGGCACAGCCUAGCGCUGUGUUUUUAGGUUACAUUCCGCAGCCAUGUUGGCGCAAGAAACUGAUUGACACCAGUCAGGUUUUGUGAUCUUGUAGUUUUUGUUGCAGCUUGCUCGCCUCAGCAAUGGAGAUCGAGCUCCUCCCUGGAUCCGACGCCGCUGAAGCUGGAGCGCAGAAGUCAGCCAAGGACUCUGCAAUGGAGGCAAGGGUCGGGAUGCCGCAGCCAAGGGGGCUGCCACGGGGUAAGCUUCGCUUCCGAGCGUCGACCGUCUACCAAGAGGUGUUGGAAGACCACCUUCUUCCGGCGGGGCUUGAGAUUCAGAUGGACGUGGAAACUGGAAGGAACAAGGCACGGCUGUGCCCUGGACAGGUUGUGGAUUACGUAGGCGCCACGGAUAAUUACCCAAUGGUCGCUGCUGCGUUGCGCCAGGCUGCGACUGCGAACAAACCGGAUUUAGUGAGAGCCCUUGUGGCAACAUGUUUUUACGAUUCUGCAGCGAUGUCCUCGGCAUUGCUUGAGGCGUCAGCCAAAGGCUAUGCAGAUGUUGUGGAUGUUCUGUUGGUUGGUGGAAUGGCGAAGGCUAACCCUGUGGCUAUUGACGCCACUGAGGGCCAUAGCGCACUACAUCGCGCCAUGACAAAUGGUCACGAAGACAUAUGUAAAAAAAUGAUAGAUGGCCUUCCAUCUGCAGAUCUGGCUCGCCCGAAGAACAAGCAGGGAUUGGAUCCAUUCGAAGCGGCGCGUGAGGAGGACCUGGGAAUGGUUGCAAAGCGUCUUGAGAAACAUCUAGCCGAGCGGUUUAAGGACUGAAGUUUUCAAGACUGAAGGAGUGAACGCAUUUGGUGCAAAUAUUCUGACGCAUUAGGCGCAUGCAUCUCAGCUUUCUCCGCAGGCACCGCGUGAUCACUACGCUGGAAAUAAUACGUCCGUGUAGAUUCGAGAGAGAGGGAGAGAA